CACCCUCUAGUAGUGAGUGUCAGGAGCUGUGAUGCCCCUGUGAAAACCGGUCUGCAUCGUGCUUCCUCGCGAGUUGUGCAACCGUCGUAAAGGCCCAAGCACAGUAACUUUUGGCGCCAAUCGAGUGAAAGGUGACAUAUAUUUCCAAUCCGCGAUAAAUAGCUGCAGAAUGCCUCCGAGGAGAGCGGCGAAACGCACUGCGGAAGAGCCUACGAAUGCGGAGAAGACGCCGAAACAGAUCAAGAAGAAGCAAGAAGUAAUUGUAAAACCCGACUUACGGCCGCUCUCGACGGGUGGUGUUUUACUCGUGUUUGGACAAGGAGAUGUUGGUCAACUUGGGCUAGGAGAAGAUAUCGUUGAAAAGAUGCGUCCAGCAGUCAUACCUGACUAUCAAGACAUUAUAGCAAUAGCAGCUGGUGGUAUGCACAAUGUAUGCUUGAGAAAGACAGGAGAAAUAUUGACUUUUGGCUGUAAUGAUGAGGGAGCACUUGGACGAGAUACCAGCAAAGAGGGUUCUGAGACAGUGCCAGGUACAGUCGAGUUACCUGGUAAAGUCAUCCAGGUGACGGCAGGAGACUCGCAUAGCGCAGCUUUGUUAGAAGAUGGCAGAGUUUUUGCUUGGGGAUCAUUUAGGGACUCACAUGGCACCAUGGGACUAACACUGAAAGGAAAUGAGCGAUUUCCAAUAGAAAUGUUACCUAAUAUAAAAGUAGUGAAAAUAGCAUCAGGUGCUGAUCAUCUAGUAUUACUUAGUGAAAAUGGACGUAUAUAUACAUGCGGUUGUGGAGAGCAGGGACAACUAGGUAGAGUGGCCUCACGGACAGCUACUAGAAAUACUCGACAAGGAAUAGGUCCGCUUUUAACACCAGGCCUGGUUGAAUUUAAAGUCAGUAAGAAGCUCGAGUUCGCCGAUGUAUGGGCAGGAACUUACUGCACAUUUGCCAAAGAAUACCACAAAGGGGACAUAUAUGUCUUUGGCUUAAACAAUUAUUAUCAAAUUGGUCUGAAAGACGCCGCCACUCAUUUCCACCCACAAAUGUCGAAGACGUUUAGUGGAAAAGUUUGGAAACAUAUCAGUAGCGGGCAACAUCAUACUAUUGCUUUGGACGAUGAGGGGCAAGUUUUCGUGAUGGGCCGCAAAGAAUACGGUCGUCUUGGUCUUGGUACCAACUGCACGGAUGCAAAAGAGUUGACAUUAGUUCCUGCUUUAAGUUCCGCCAAAUGCAUUGAUGUAGCUGUAGGUAGUGCGCAGUCGUUUGCAGUAACAGAAUCAGGCGAGCUAUAUUCAUGGGGUAUGGGCACCAGUGGACAACUUGGCACAGGGGGGGAAGAAGACGUCGAAGAACCGAUAUUAGUCAAGGGAAGGCAAUUAGAUGGUAAAACUGUGGUACGUGUCACUGGCGGCGGCCAACACACUUUGGCUUUGGCAACCGUUCGUCCAGUGAAAGAUAAAACUGCUGGUUAAUAUAUAAAUAAAGCGAUAUUACCGCAUCGAAAUCAAUGUGUGAUACUGACAUGUAGAAAUAAAUCGAGUCUCUAUGCUUAUUGUCCAAUCUCGUAUUACAUACGUAACAUCUUUAAGUAUUGGACAUUUAAAGAUUGUUACUAUUUGUAAAUUCUUUGGAUAAGCAGGAAGAAAAAGUUGAUUUAUUUUUAUUGCUUUUAACAUGUUGGUAUCGUGUCGCUAAGCAGGAGCGCGAUGAAAAACAUACAAAUUCCCAUAAAGCUUUUGUUUGUUCUACGACAUCGACAUUGUACAUAAUCUGUCGUGCUACCAUCAACAUAUUUGUGACAAUAUUGAUUUCUUAAAUUUAUAUUAUUUUUAACUUACUAUUACUUGCUUGUAUUUCCGGUAAAUAAACUAUUCUAUUUACGAAUCAAGGAUUGAGUCUAAAAAUACACACACAUACACACACAUAUACACACAAAUGAGUACUUUGGAGGGACGAGAGAUUAUAUUUUGAAUAAUCAAGAAAAAAUGUUAAAUAUAACGAAUCAUUAGGAGUAAUGAAACAUUAGUAAAACUUAUAUCACUUAAGUUUGACGAAGAGUUAAAUGUAAACUUCGCUAUCAUAAUAUGCAUUGUUUGUAUUGUAUAUGUUUGGAGAUAUGUUGUAUUGAUGAUCAUUAAUUUUAUUUUGUACGUUGUAUACCUGUACCUCUCCAUGCAAAAUAAACCGUUUGUAAAUAA